AUGGACACCUUACUCACCGCCGAGAUCGUGGCCAAUUCACCACAGUUCCGUCGCAAGUCGUCUAUCUUUGUAGACGCAAUCCAUGACUUGCCGGAAAAGGCGGAUCUCGCCCCAGCCCAGCUUUACAGCACUGAAUCUGGUCGAUUGUUCCAUUCAGGCCGAAUUGUGAUCAUCACCGUCGGCUUGCCCGCCAGAGGCAAAACACACAUAUCGGUUGCUUUGGCAAGAUAUCUGCGCUGGCUCGGUGUCAAAACCAGAAUAUUCCACCUGGGAGACUAUCGUCGUGCCACCAUUCCAUUUGGCGAGGAUAUGCCAGAUGAUUAUUUCUAUGUCAACGGUGAGUGUGGCAUCACUGGGUUCCCUGUGCCUCGCACUAAUACAUCGGCAAUAGCAACCGCCAAAUCCGUCUUAUUGCGCCAAAAGAUUGUACGGAAAUGCCGCGAAGACAUCUACCACUUUUUGAACCAUGAAAAUGGUCAGAUUGCAAUUUACGAUGCCGUCAAUCCUCUAGCUUCGGGUCGACGCUCUCUUGCCAAGGAGUUUGCAAAGCAUGACAUUGAGACCCUGUUCAUCGAGUCUCGAUGUGAUGAUGAGCGGAUUAUCGAAGAGAAUGUCCGCAGAGUCAAGAUCUCCUCCCCUGACUAUGUCUCGUGGAAAUCGGAAGAUGCUGUGAAGCAUUAUUUGAACCGCAUCUCUUCUCGCAUCCCCCAAUUCCAAUCCAUGGAGGAAAAGGAUCUGAACUACAUCAAGAUGAUCAACGCCGGCGAAAGACUGAUCGUCAAUAACCGAAGCUUUGGUUAUCUCUCCAAUCGCAUUGUCUUCUACCUGCUUAACCUUCACAUCAAAUCACGAAGGACUUAUUUCGUACGAGCCGGUGUCUCGCUGGAUGCUGAUUCCUACAAAGCCGAUGCUUCCCUGUCCGAACAAGGGGAGGACUACGCAAAGAAAAUGACGGCCCGUUUAUUAGCUCACCGAGAAGAAGAAAAGCAAACGAUGAUCGAACGUGGAGAGACUGGAUUUGAGUCUCGGCCUCUCAAGGUUUGGACAUCUACUCGACGCAGGACCAUUGAAACCGCCAAGUACCUCUAUGAAGAAGGCUUCAAAGUCCGGCAAAGAUCCCAGUUGAGUCAAUUGCACCCUGGUGUCUGCGAACAGAUGUCCGAGAAGCGUAUUCGUGCAGAGUUCGGGGAUGAAGUUUCCAAACACGAGCUUGAUCCCUACCACCAUCGCUAUCCCCGUGCCGAGUCUUACCACGACCUGGCUGUUCGUCUGGAGCCGAUCAUUCUCGAACUCGAGAGGGAGCAAACCGAUUUACUAAUCAUCGCACACGAAAGUGUCUUGAGAGUCUUGUAUGGCUAUCUCAUGGCCUGCAAUGCGGCCGACAUUCCGUUCCUUGAGUUCCCUCGCGAUGAAAUUAUUGAGAUUAUCCCCGAAAGCUAUCAGAAUGUGGCCCAGCAUAUCAAGAUCCCUGGCCUUCCAGAAGAGAUCAUUCCCGACUCUCCCGAGGAUCUCAAGAUCCCAGUUCCCCCCAGUGGAUUGGUGUCACCAAUUCAAGGGCUUGGUAGCCCCGAGGGUCAAAACACCCCGCAGAGUGGCUACCGGACACCGAGUGGGAUCAGAACACCACGUGAGCCUGAAAGAAUCUCACAGCAGCACGUCGAAGAUGUGGUUUAG